GCUGCCGCAGUCUGUGAGUAGUGAGAGAGAGAGCUGCGAGAGAGCGAGGUGGGAGCAAUGGAGACGAUGGCAGCGGCAGCGCCGCCGCAGCAGAAGACGGGGGGCCUCGCGCGGAGGCUGGCUAGGCUUCUCCGUCGGAAGCGCUCCCCGGCGGGGGUGGGGAUGGCGUACUCUGUCGCCGGGGAUGAGUUCGACGAGUCACUCGACAGCUCCAUCAACUCGCUGAGCAAGCUCAAGCUGUCCGGCAACCUGGCUGCCGCCUACUCGCUCGACGCGUUCUUCAAGAAUGCGACGGAGAAGAAGGGAGCGGCGCCGCAGCCGUCCCUGGCGCCGGCGACGGACGCCGCGAAGCACGCGUUCGUGGCGAGCCUGUUUGCUGGUGUCUCCGCGGUGAAGGCGACCUACGCGCAGCUGCAGCUCGCGCAGCACCCCUACGACGCCGAGGCGAUACAAGCGGCGGACGCCGGCCUGGUCGUUGAGCUCACCAAGCUGUCGGACCUCAAGCGGCGGUACGCCAGGGAUCCGGUCGCGGCGGUCACGAACGCCGCCACCCUCGCGGCGCACGCCGACGAGCAGCGCCACCUCCUCCGGACCUACGAGAUCACGGCGCGCAAGCUAGAGGCCGAGCUCCGCGCGCGGGACGCCGAGGCGGAGCACGCCCGGGUCGCGCUCGCCGAGGAGCUCCGCGCCGCGCGGGCCCUGGAGAAGCGUGUCCACCCGGGGCGCACCCUGGCCGCGCUCGACGACCUCCACCUCUCCGGCCUCAACGCCACCCACUUCCUCACCGCCCUGAGGCACACCGUCAAGUCCAUCCGCGCCUUUGCCAAGGCAAUGCUCGACGCAAUGCGACCGGCCGGGUGGGAUCCCGCGGCGGUGGCGGCCGCCGUGCACCCGGCCGCCCAGCUGUGCCACCCCGGCGACGCCAAGUUCGCGCUCGAGUCCUACGUCGCGCUAAAGAUGUUCGCCAACUUCCACCGGAGAGACUUCGGCCUGAGCUCCCUGCAUGACAGGAGCUCCCACGACCGGCGCCGCUUCUUCGAGGAGUUCUCGGAGCUCAAGGCGGCGCCGGCGUUCCUCGAUGCUCAGAGCCCGCGGUGGGGGGCGCUCGGCGAGUUCCUGCGGGACAGGUACCUUUCGCUAGUACACGAGCGGAUGGAAACGGCGUUCUUCGGGCGGCAGGAGCAGCGCGCCGCUGUGGCCGCCGGGGACGCGUUCCCGCGCACCGCCUGGUUCGCCGAGUUCGCGGAGAUGGCGCGCCACGUGUGGCUGUUGCACUGCCUGUUCUCCGCGUUCGACGGCGUCGCGUCCAUCUUCCAGGCGCGCGCCGGGUCGCGGUUCUCCGAGGUGUACAUGGAGAACGUCAGCGACGUGGACGGCGCAGAGGACGGCGGCGUGACGGCACCAUCCCUGUCCGGGCACCUCGCCGUCGGGUUCACCGUCGUGCCGGGGUUCAAAGUCGGCCGGACGGUGAUCCAAUGCCGAGUAUACCUUUCCCGCCCAGACCGCCGGCCGUGACGAGUGCGGCGGCACACACGCACUGCAUUUCCGGUCCUUCGCAGACACGGCGAAAGCGCAUAUUUGACGGCGGCGAGGUCCCCGCCCGGCGGCCGUAACAACCGCUGGGUUUAAGGGUGGCAGCAUUAGUAUUCAGCAUGUAGGUGCCCACCUGGCCAUGUUCCCACUUUCGUAUGUAUGUAUGUACCCACCAAGGGAUGCACUACCAAUAUAGUAGUAAGUAAUAUGAGCAUUCCAUUCCAAUAUAAAUCGCACUGCGAUUUUGGUUACACGUUGUCAUGAGAUAAAUGUUUUUGCCA